AUGCAACGUCUCUUCCUCCACCUCCUCUCUUCCAAAGCUUUAAUUCCCCGCAACCGUCCGCACUCUGUGAUGAACCGGGGAAGAACCCGCCGCGCCCGACUGAAACGGUCGAAAACGGGGUGUCGCACGUGCCGGGCCCGUCACGUCAAAUGUGACGAAAACCCAGGCAAGUGCCAAAAUUGUACCUCGACUAGACGGCAACGCGACGGCUAUGAUACCCAUCGGCUGCUUUUCCCCACCAGACAAACGCGCCAUUCCGAGCGACUGCCACUGUCACCUCCGGUCGCAGUCACCGUCCCGUGGUCCAGUACCUCCGAUGAGCGCCGCUGCUUUGGCUUUGUGCAAGCCCGCACGAUUCCCGACGUGCUCGGCUACUUCGACUCUGAUAUGGGAGCAAUUUGUGCUGCAGAUGGCGCGGUGCACCAACACAUGGAGCCUGGGUUGAUGGGCGGGUCGACCGUCUGGGAAUUGAUGGCGGUCGCGCAGUCAACGAGGUCCUUCGCCUGCCUGCGUCGACGGAAUCCACGGGACACACAGAUGCGGGAGGUGACAUUAGUCUCUUGUCUGUUGUUCACCAUCAAGAACGUGGUGCGGCAGGAGUUAGGCACUGCCGUGCAGCAUAUCCGUGCUGGCCUGCGCAUUCUGGAUGGAGAUAAGCUCUCAACUAGCAGUGCCGGUCAGCCGCUUCAUCUCUUUUGGCUGCAUGCCUUCCGACAUCUCGAUACCCAGAUCGGCAGUGACCGCUUGUUAAUGGGCCCUUGCACCGUUUCUUCCGCCCGCCACAUGCUGGAGCCCCUCUAUAACCGCUUUUUCAAGUUCAUCCGGCAGUGCUGGCGGAUGUCCCGAGCGGGACUCCAGUCUGCUACCGCCACGCCUGUCUUGGCGGAGCAGACGGGGCACCUCCACGGAGACCCGGCGGCGCUGCAGCGGUUUACACCGCAGUAUCGCGACUUGCUCAAUCGGGAAUCAACGCUUUCUUGCGUGCUUCCACAACGACCUACGUUGCUGGUCGAUAUGGGCGUGCUGCUGACGAUCUUCUUUGUGGGCGACGGCUGCCAGGACCUCUCCGUCCGGUGGGAGGCCCUUCGGGCGCAUUUUGCCUUGCCCCACCAGGAAGGCCCAUUCAGAGCGCCGCUGAUGGCCGCCCGGCUGAAACAUUUGAUUUGCGCCCAACUGAGGGUUCGCGUUCGGGCCGACCUGGUGGCGUCGUUCGGACUCGCUUCGUAUCAGCCGGUGAAAAGCUGCUUGGAAGAGAUAGAAGAGCUGGUCGAAACAGAAACUGACCUGACCUAA